UAGCCAAUACAUCCUUAACACUGUUUUUGUUUUAUGUUUAAUGAAAAACAAAAGACGUGGAUUUCGAGAUUGAUAGACACAUGGCAGUAACGAAAACGAUCAAUCAUGAGUAAUUCAGAGCUGUGUCACAAAACCCCCGCGUACAUCCUUCUCGUGAAGACCAGAUUCAAGUUGACCCUAGCAGAGUACAGGUACGAUGAGAAUUUGAAGAACGAGUACCUAGAGACCGUGACGCAAGGCAAUAUGACUCGUUACUACGAAGAUGCUUGCAAGCAGUUCGAUUGGGAGAUCGACGAGGAGCUUCUCAACACAAUGGAACGCGAAAAUGCAAUCGCGUUGCAGGAACUCGAAUCUACGUCCGACAACGCGGCUCUCGAAGAUGCCGGCAAGAAGAAUUGGAGAGAAAAAUUCGAAUUUUUCUGCGAGAUCGGAGAUCUCGAACGCGCGUCAGAGAUCGCAGAAUCAAUUUCGAAGAACGAAACGAAUUCGUCGACCGCCAGGAUCGAAGCUGCUUUCGGUUUAUUUAGGAUAGCGUACAUACAGAACAACGUGCGUUCGAUGAACAAGGUAAUCGGAGAUAUAACGAGCAUAAUGGAAGGAUCUCAGGUGUCAGGCAGCAAUUGGUGUUGCCGGAACAAGUUAAAAGUGUAUGAAGCUAUAUAUUGUCUCGCGACUCGAAAUUUUGCUCGCGCCGCGUCUCUUUUAUUAGACUGCAUCCCUACUUUCGAAUCGUACGAAUUGCUGCCAUUUAAAGAAGUCGUGGAAUUGACCACGUUAUCAGGCAUCAUCUCUUUAUCGCGAUCGGAGCUCGAUUCUCAGUUUAAUAACAACGGUUUACUGCAACAAGCUCUGAUCACGGAGUCCUCCCGCUACAGAGAAUUCUUUUACUCCUUGUACGACUGCCAUUAUAAAGAUUUCUUCGAAAACCUCGCCUGGGUGGAGACCGAAAUGAGAGCGAAUCCAUUGCUUCACUCGCAUUAUCGUUACUACGUAAGGGAGAUGCGUUUGAAGGCGUACUCGCAAUUGUUGCAGGCGUACAGGACCAUUAAUUUAAGUAGAAUGGCUAUGGAAUUCGGCGUGACGGAGGAGUUCAUAGAACAGGAAGUGGCCCGUUUUAUCGCCAGCGGCAAAUUGUAUUGUAAGAUCGAUAAAGUAGCCGGGAUGAUCGUCACGGUCAGUGCAUCUGGUUGCAACAGAGGUCAAGCACCCGACGCUUCGUGCGAUCGAGGAUUAACGUAUCAAAACAUGAUUAAAAGAGGCGACGCAUUGUUAAAAUUUCAACGAAUCAUGGCUCAUCGGCUCCUCACGAGAUAUCCUCGAAGUGUUUCCUCGGGGACCAAAGAGUUAAAACAGUACUUCAAUUACCUCCUCGUACUCGACUUCGAAAGCACUUGCAAACGAUACGAACAAAUUGAGCCUCAGGAGAUCAUCGAAUUUCCUUGUGCGGCAGUGUCCACGAGCAGCUGGCAGAUAGAAAAUCUUUUUCAUCAGUACGUCAAGCCCAGAGCGCAUCCCGUGCUCACCUCUUUCUGCACAGAACUCACCGGCAUCAUACAGGGCAUGGUCGAAGAUCAACCACAUUUUCCGGAAGUGUUCGAAAAAUUUCAAGACUGGUUAGACGAGAACAAUUAUUUUAAAGACGGGAACGAUUGUGCGUUUCUCACGUGCGGAGAUUGGGACUUAAAAAUGAUGUUACCGAAACAAUGCGAGCUGGUGGACAUACCUGUACCUCAUCGGUUUAAGAGGUGGAUAAAUCUGAAAGGUGCCUUCUGCGAUUCGGCCGAUUAUUAUCCGCGAAAUUUAGUAGACAUGCUGUCACAUUUGAAACUUCCCCUGGAGGGAAGAUUGCACUCGGGCAUCGAUGAUGUGAAGAACAUGGUUAGGAUAAUACAGACUCUCCACUCGCGAUACAAUACACAGUUUAAAAUAAACUCAGCGCACAAAGAUGUUAUUCAACAGUACAAGACUCUAAAAUAGGAAUAGAACUGAAACGAUUUGUUAAAAACUAAUUUAUUGAUAAUAAACAUAUUUCCAAUAUAAAAAUGCGAAACUAUA